GUAACGGUUCUUGUGGUGGUCUGUGGUAAAAAAACGAAGGAGUUGAAUCGGGUAGGCUUCUCAAACGCAGCGCUUGCUCCUCCUCCCUUCCUCGUCCUUCUUCGUCUUCUCUUUUAUUUCUUCGCAGUUCCCAGCGAAACGAAGCGUGGCGUGCGCUUAAAGACCACCACCACCACUGCCGAAAAGGGGAUUUUCCUCGUUGUGCAUUCAUUCCUACUCGCCCCCCCUUUUUUCCCUUGUACUUCUCUCCGCUUGUGCCUUUUCACAUGUAUGUUACGAACUCGUUCGGUUCCCAAAAUCGAAUAGUACCUGAGCUUCACUCCUUUGCCCUUUCCAUCUUGAUUUUUUCCUCCUUCGAUAAGAAACCACACUGGAAUUGUUUCUCGUUGCCCUUUCGCCUUUCUUUUCUUUUUUUUUUUUAACCCCUCUCUGUGUGUGUGUGGGUGUGAGUGGCUGUCUGAGAGUGUGUGGGUGGUGUUUGUUUCUAUUUAUUCAUCCAAACGAUGCCGUCGCCCGGUGGAGGGGCCACCUCCGCAAGUCGCGAGGAGGCUGCACGUGCCAACGUUUUCGCCUCCUCUCACAAACCGAUGUCUACGGUAUCCGCGGCCAACGCAGCCGCUGCAGCAUCGUCCAUGCCUUCUAACGCUGCAAACGGGGGGACCCCUGCCGCAACGACCGCCGUCUCUCUCACCACCGCCAUCACCACCGCGCAACUCGCCGACGAAUAUGUGAAGUUGCUCGACGCCGUUGGGAAGCCCAACUAUGAAACAAUUCAGAGCCUCUUCGACGGCUACGGCUGCCCGCCCGCUAGCACAAUCCCCGCGAUCCAAGUCUCGUUUGAGCUGUUUGAGGCGGUGCAGAACCGCUUCGCGGCAACGAAGCAGGUGCUGGAGCGGACGAAAGCAGAUCUGCUCAGCCGCAAUCAGCAGUACACCGUCGUGAAUCAGGAGCUGCACCGACUGCAGGAGGAGCACGAGGUUCUGCGCAAGCGCAACGCCGAGGCCGAGGAGCGCAACACGGAGCUGCAUCAGCAGCGCGCGAAGCUGGAGGUCUCCGUCGAGCAGCUGCGGCGUGAGGUGGGACAGGGCCGCACCGCCCUCGAUGCGCUGUGCAACAAACUCGCGCGACGGGAGGAGGAGCUGCAGAUGAGCCAGAGCCGCGUCGCAGAGAACUUGGUUGCGCUGUCGCAGCGCGACGCCGUGGUGAACACGCUGCGGCGUGAGUUGCUGAAGAAGGGCUUGCUGCCCUACGGCGCUGGCCGCGGCGCCGGUGACCGCCGCACCCUCGUGGAAGGUGGGGAGGAGGGGGGCGCAGCCCAGGGCGAGGGCGGCGACGGCACUGCGGGGCCGGACGCGUACACGGCGGACAUGCUGGAGAGCAUCGCCGCAGACGUGGAGGGCCGGGCGCAGGAGGCCCGCAUGAAGCUGAACGUGGCCGACUUGGAGGGUCGUCUCUCCCGUCUGCAAGAGGAGAAAGAUUCCGUGCUGACGCAGCACACGCAGUACCGUCAGCACGUGCAGAUGGCCCUGCAAAGCUACGAGGCAGAGGCGAUGCUGCGCGAGGACACGAUGGGCCGGCACGUCUGUCUGCGCACGCCGUACUUUGCCGGGGCGCAGCUGGAGAUGUAUGCGAAGCUGGUGGACCUACAAACAGGGGAGAAGCUCCCAGCAGCGACGACGUCUACCGCAACGGAGUACGACAACGACGCAGCGGCCAGCCUUAGCACCACGAGUGACGCGGUGGAUGCGGACGGCGCGGUGGCGGCCAGACCCGUCCCGACUAGCUUCUACGCCCUCACGUUCGAGCUGAAGCGCGUCCUGGAUCGUUUCGCGAAGGUGCACAUCGACGACGGCAGCCGCCUCUACGACGAUCUGUCCUUGUGCGUCGAGGCGCAGCGGCACGCGCUGCAGGCCAGCGCCGACCUGGUCGGCUUUCUUAGCUCCAUGGAGGAUGAGGUGAUGUCCCGCCGCUUCACCCUGGCCGAGGUACGAGAGGAGUGGAAGAAGGCGUGUGUGCCGGCGUUCGCGCAGGCCGUGGCGGUUGCGUUGCGCGGCAGCGCCUCUGAGCUGGGGAAAGGCCUGGUCGGUCUGCUGGAGCGGGAGAAUGCGUACGCGACGGAGAUCGAGGCGGCGAAGUCGCUCAGGCGGACACCGUCCAUGAUGGCGAGCAUCGCGGCUGAAGCCGCCGCCGCCGCCGCUGCUGCUGCCGCCGCCGCAGCGAGCAGUGCAGCCAACACGAAGCAGAAGAAGCGCAAUCAGCAACGCGCGAGCGACGCGUCCACCAGCCACGUGAAUGUCGGUGUGAUGGCACGCCCAAGUGGCCCUAGUCAGCACAUCGCGGUGCAGGUAAGCACCUCUGACUUCGCAGGAGCGGGGCCGGCAGCACGCAGCGGGGGAGGCACGGAGCCGUCUCCUCCUCCCGCACGGCAGGCGGCCGCGUUCAAGCCGGCCGCAAAGCAGCCCUCCUCCCCAGGAGGGGCGUCACUCCGUCCAUCGAAAAAGGCAGCGAAGGCUGCCCCGCAGACGCUGACGCUCACGCAGGCGGACGCAGACGCCCUACUUUCCACGGCGGCAGAGGAGGGCAGCACCGCAAGCGGACAGCAACAACGUACAUCCAUUCCAAGCCUUUCCUACUCCUCUGCGAACUCCCAUCACCAGCUCAACGCAUCCGCCUCAUCCGCUGGUGCCGGACUCGUCGACGGCGUCACCUCGUACGCGGAACGCAGUCCUCCUCGCUCCUCCGAGGUGCAAGUUGUGCUGUGUGGUGUAUGCCCGAACUGCGCCCACGAGGUCACUCUCCGCAACGACCCAUUCGCCGCUCCGCCUGACGCACCACCGGGCCACGAUGCGCGGCUCCUUCCACCUACUGCGACGACGUCGGCCCUACCGUCGUGCUUCAGCAACCUCGGCGAGCAGCGCGCCGCGGGUACCCCCGGCACGCCCUCCCUUCAUCUUUCGCUCACCAGCAGCCACCGUGCCUCUGGCGCCUCGCAGCCGGGCGUCAUGCUGCCCAGCGUCUACCACGUCUCCGCCAGUGGGGUCGCGGAGGGGAGUGCCUCAGCCGCCUCUCAAACAUCAGGGGCAGCCGGCAAGUCCGCCAAGCGCGCCGAAAACACCGUCUCCCCCACAUCGGAUGCACCGAUAGCAGCGAAACGCACAGCAUUCGGCUCGCAGGGCAGCGUGGGCGCCGCUGCGAACGGAAAGUCGGCCACGAAGAGCCCCAACAUGUCGCCGUUUUCGUCUUCCAACACUGCCACCACGACGGCAGCCACCGCGGCUGCGGCAGCGGCAGCAGCAGCGGAGUUGUUGCAGUAUCAGGAGCGGCUGCGGACGACGCAGCAGACCUUGGCGGAGGUGCAGACCGUGAAUGCGACGUUGCGAGCGCAGUUGGCGGCUGCACUGGCCGCUGUCGAAGCGAGCCGACGUGCUGCUCCGUCCACCAUGUACGCAGACGCCGCGGACUCUGUCGGAGUCAAUACUGGCGGAUCUACCGAAAACGCCAGUUCUGUCGGUCACCGCCUCCUCAGCGAGGGGUCUGUGUUCGGCGAGGGCUCACAAGCACAAGACGAAUAUCAGCAGCAGCAGCAUCCACUGACGUCUCCGCAUGCGAGUUUGACAGAUCGCGCAAGCAACGCUUCGUCCACCACACGGAAGCAAGCGAAAGAGGCACUUUCUCGUUCCACACACUCAUCGACCCCCACGCUGGACCAAACUGGGCUGGCGGCGGCUUCCACCGGCACCCCUCCUACCUCAGCGGUAGUGGACGAUGCGUUGGUUGAUGUGAAUGCCGGAGGCGACGACGCCGUACACGCGGCAGCAAACAACGGCGAGGCAGACGCAGCAGGUGAUGCCGCGGGUGCCAGCUAUCAGUCCUCCGUCACGAAGCUGGACGCCACCACGAGGGCCUCGUCCGAUCACGCCGGACAGGCACACGCCACCACCGACGCAGCGACAGAGGGCGUCUCCUCCACGAAGGAAAGCUGCUUUAACGCGAGUGCCGUGUCGCCGCUAGCAGAUCGCGGCAGCGUCGAUGGAAACUACGCCACCGCGGGAGGCGACAACGAGACACAAAAUGCGGAGGCGUCCACGGCGAACAGCACCAAGAGUCCCUUCACACCGAGCCCGCCCUCGCUGCCACGGCGCGGGUCCUCCAACGGGUCAUUCCUCGGUCCUGCGGCGGAGACCAACACGCCAGAGACGAGCCCCCAACACGCACAGGCCGGCGGUGACACACCCAGUGUGCCGAGCGCGGAAACGGAGGGGCUGGAGGGGAGUCGUGAGAACGAGCGAUACAGCUCUGCGCUGGUGCCACGCCCCGCCGCUACUUCUGCCGAUCGCGUCCAGCCAACAUCGCAAUUUCCAGAGAGGAAUGACGCGGAAGCGGCGGAGGUGCGGAAGGAAGACUGGCCGACGACGCCUGGGCGCUCGCCGCGUCCGACUGCACAGCAGGGUGCUGCGGUGGUGGGCCACGUCCACCGGCCCCCAACCCACACCCCCAAGCUCUACCUGAGACCGCUUAAGGUCGGUUACCCGGGCUGCGCCAUCCAGCACAACGGGCCAUCUUCCCCGUUAAGCUUAGACCUCUUCAUCACGGGCUUGCGGAGUCAGCAGCUGCCCUCCACGACGACGACGACGCGGUGGGCCGCAGCGGAACGAAGCGGGCCGGUGUCCUCUCCGCAGCCCUCUCGCAAUCCCGCGAAUGCCAGCGGCCGCGGCAGCGAGAACAACACGAGCGCAUCGGCGAAGCAGACGGCUUCCUUCAAGCCCUACAAGUCCGCCGGCGACUACAAGACCAACUUUGCAAGGGCGAUUGCGGGGAUUCCGCGUGGGGAGGCAAGGGCGCAGACGGUGAUCCCUUUCCCUCUCCCACCUGUAAAGGCGUCGCCACCGCCGCCUUUUCCCUUGUCGGCCGACACGUCUGCUUUCUUCGCACCUGGGUCACUGCGGCCUGCCUUACCGGCUAUACACCCGCCUGACGCACAGAGCGAUAAAAUGGACGGGCGUCCCGGGAUGACCCCACACGUCGCAGACGGCGAUCCCUGGCAGCACAACGGCGGUGGCAACGACGCCUUCGCCCCUUCACUGCCGUCGCAGUCGGAAGAGACCCUCAAACAGGCGGUGCUGCGCGCUCUUCUUUCAUCGGCACCGCAGCGACUUUCCACCGUUGCCGUGCCAUCGCGGCUGCCCGCGCGGCGGGAGCUGCAACUGCUGUAUCAAGUGCUGUGUCUACGGUCUUCUGUGUCGGCCGGCCGCGCUGGCGCCGCCGCGCGGUGGUGGCGGCAACAGCAGCAGCACCAACAACAGAGAAGAGGAAGAGGAAACAGUCGCGCCUUCUCGCGUCUCAGCAUCACCGGGACGGCCAUGGCGCUGCAGAUGCUGUCAAGUCAGUACAAGAUGGACGGCAGUCCGCAGACGGGGGACGACGGUGCGGUGCCGUACUUCGACGGCGGAGUCCCUUCGACGAUGAUGAUUCCGGGCGGAUGUAUGCGGCGGCCCCUCAUCGUACGUCGUGUGCGGGUACCCCAGCGUCUUGUCCCACACUGUUCCACGCACACAGAUGCUGGGGAGGGGUCGCUGACAGGUUUCCCAGGUCCUGGCGAGUUCCAGCAACCGGGGUCGCUGUCCGCGUCCUAUCCUGGCGAUGCACCCUGGACGACGAACAUCGGCGCGGCGGCACCGCAGCGCCCCUCCACGCGGCCGCCGCCACCGCCGCUCGCGACGCAGCCGACAACGUAUCGCUACUACCUCUCGACACCCGUCGAGGUGCCACGUCAGUGGUGCACCGGGCGCCGCUACUCCCACAACCUGCCUGACGGUGGAAUGGGGGAGGGGAGAGCAGGACGGCUGCCACGCAUGCCACGCACCUGGCAGCAGCAGCGGCGGCAUGAGCGGGCGUUGUGGCUGCGGCGGACGGCGCGCGAUGCCCUGGCCCACCCCGGGCUGCCGCCGAAGGCGAACGAACCCGCCCUCUUCUCCGCCCCGACUCCGCCGCGCCCCGCGCCGCGUCGCUUUCCGCCGUUUACCACCGAGUACCUCAAGCGAGAGCAGGCGGCGGAGAGGCGAGAAUACGCGCCGUUCCUCUACUCACCGCUCCCCUUUUCGGCCAGUGCGGAGGUCUUCCCGUCGGAGGAGGCCGGCAGCCACCGCAACGGGGAUGCUAACAGUACAACGGCCUCGACGUUGCCGAUGCAGCCCGCUGCGUCGCAGAUUUGCAUCUACCACCGUGCGCUGCCAUACGCCGCCACACGCGCAGCGCUCUUGCGCGCAAAGCGAGACCCUGCCCGACGGGCGGUGAAGCGUAACGUGUACACGACCGCCGCGACAGACGAGUCCGCCGACGUCGAGCCGGAGUGA